GUUGAUUAAAUUAUUUCGGUGCUGUUUGUCUUAAUCGGUUUUUGCUGAACGAGGAACAACUGCCUGCUAGUGAAGGUAACUUGAUUAUAUACUUCUUAGACUAUCUUACUAGGAUUAUUGAUUAUAAAUUGAUUACAUUUUCUCGUGUUAAACAAAAAAAAAGAAACGUGUUUGACGGAAACACGGAAGUCAACAUUAACAUUUUUUUCUGAAGUCAAGUUUAGGUUCUCUCAUGUAGAUGGAACACGGAAGCCUAUACAGGCGCAGCUUUGAAAUUAACGCGUAUAGAAAAUUUUGGCAACGUGGGAAAGACCGCUUAUUUAUUUGAACAGACGUCAAAGUCUCAAAGCAAUGUCAAGCUAAAUUGGUGAAAACUAUUUCGAAACUUGAUUGAAGUUGAAACGAUUUUCAGUUCGUAGUAACAAUUUUUAUCUUUUCAAGAUUGGGCAUCAUAGUUUUCUUUCUUUUGAAUAUCGUAGUUUUCAAUUUUUCCGUUACCUUUUUCGUAAGUAGGCCUACAUUUAUUUACAGUUUCUUUUUAUGAGUUUCGUCUUUUUAGUUUUAACGCAUUUUUAAUUGUCCCACUUAAUAAGGAACUUCCAUUUAGUUACGCUGUUCCUUCUGAAACGAAGCAACUUAUUAAUAUAAUUGAAAAUUAGUUCUUGCUGAGUACAUUUGUGCAUUUGAAUUUUAAAAGAUUUUUUUGUAACCUAUUUUACAAAAUUUUUAAAGAUGUCAUUCACAUUUGGUAUAAAACCUGUCCUGUCAUCACAUAUCUUUUAGUAAUAUUUUCUAAUUAUUAUUUUUGUUCACAUUAUGAUUAUGGUUUUAUGCCUGGAGCUGAAUUGCCAUGUAGACGGACGCCCAAUCUCUAUUUUAAUGAAUUUAGUAAACCGAGUGCAAACUAUUCGUACUGCGAACGUACCUGCAGAAUCAGGUUUUCUGACAAAGAGGAUUGAUGACCUUUCGUCUCCAUGUCUGGCCAAAGGCUUAUAUUUUUAAAUGACAGUGAUGCUUCAAGGCACUUCUUGACUCGGUAGCAAAGCAGUCAGACUAGCCAGUCUACCGUUGCUUGGAGCCAAAGCAAAACCCCCUUUAAAAUUCUCCUACUCGCCAACGCAUCGAUUUCUCGUUGAUUUCUGUUUCUUGUAUGAUGCCAUUUAAAAAGGGGCUAUGCCUGCUUGCAGCAGUUUUGUUUAUCGUGAAGGGAGAAGGAAAAGUUCUGCCCGAUAUUCGACUUCCAAAAUCAAUUGUGCCAGAACAUUAUUUCGUCGGAAUAGUCCCUGACAUUCAUCAAAAUAACAAUGCCAUUGAGGGUUUUGUUCACUUGGAUUUUUUCGUUCAAACACCUACUGAUCGCAUAGUCAUGCACGCCGUAAAUUUGACAUUGAACGAGGAUAGUGUCUCAGUUAAUCUCCUUCCAUCUAAAAAUAUGGAAAUGAUGCGGGAAAAUGAUGUCAGUAAAACCAGUUCAAGCGGACUAAGUGAAAAGUUAAAAAUGUUGAAAGUCCUCCGUCCGAUCUCUUAUGAUGCCGACAAAGAAUUUGCUAUAAUCCACUUAGGAUCAAAGUUGGAGGAAAACCAACGAUAUCGCGUCAGUUUCAACUAUUCUGGAAUGUUGGCGAGAAAUUUGAAAGGCUUUUACGGUUCCGAAUAUUUGGAUAAGAAAAGCGAAACGAAAAGAUGGUUGGGUGUCACGCAAUUUGAGCCCACUUCAGCUCGGCUUGCCUUUCCCUGCCUUGACGAACCAGCCAUGAAAGCCACUUUCACCAUUUCCAUCGGACGCAGAUCCAACUACACCUCGCUAUCUAACAUGCCACUCGUCAAAACCGAACCCAUGCCCAACAAAGAAGGAUGGUUCUGGGAUUUGUAUGAAAAAUCCGUGCCCAUGUCGACUUACCUCGUUGCGUGCUUGGUAUCAGAAUUCGCUUUUCGUACGGCGAGGCCAGUCAUUCGUCAGGUUGAUGGUAAUGAUCAAUCUAUGCAUAAUGUAACGGAAGUACGCAUAUGGGCACGAUCCGAAGCGAUAGAACAGGCGGAUAGGGCUGUACAAGUGACAUCGGACAUGCUUGAAUUUUUGGAACAAUAUUUUCAAGUUCCGUUCCCACUUCCAAAAGUGGAUCUCGUGGGAUUGCCAGAUUUUUCUUCCGGGGCUAUGGAAAACUGGGGCCUCAUCACCUACAGGGAAACUACUCUUCUAGUGAAUCCAAAAUCAGCAGCCGUCCGCGAUGAAAUGAACGUCGAACGUGUUAUCGCUCACGAAUUAGCUCACCAAUGGUUUGGAAACCUUGUUACAAUGGCUUGGUGGAACGAUUUAUGGCUUAACGAGGGUUUCGCCACUUACGUUCAGCGCUUGGUACUCGAUAACGUUUCGCCAAAGUACCAAUACGGUAGCUUGCAGGCUUUGGAUUUCCUAUCUGUGAUGGAUGCGGACGGACUGGAAUCUUCUCAUGCUAUUUCAGUAGACGUUGCCCACCCAACGCAAAUUACUGAAAUCUUUGAUGCCAUUUCUUACACUAAAGGUGCUGCGAUUAUCCGGAUGAUGAAUGACUUUCUUGGGGAGGCAACGUUUCGCGAAGGAGUAAAGAACUACCUCAACGAAAAAAAAUAUCAAAACGCUCGGCAAGACGAACUUUGGCAAUUCUUAAGUGAACAAGCACAUCGGGACUCUGUUCUUCCGCUCAGUCUUGACAUUAAGACUAUUAUGGAUACAUGGACGUUACAAAUGGGUUUCCCGCUUGUAACCGUCCAGCGAAAUUACACUGAUGGUAACGCUUACAUCCAACAAAAACGUUUUCUUCGUGGAGUUAAGCCAGCUAUUGCGAAAGAAAAUAAAUCAUCGUCUUUAACGAAUUUCGUCGAAGAAAAAAAUUCUCGUCUACCCAACUAUCGUUGGUGGGUACCAGUUUCCUUUACGGAUUCAGUCGCUCAGAACUUCAGCCAAAGUAACACUCGGCCAGCUAUUUGGCUAACUCCAAAUGAACUCUCUGCAACCAAGUUCAUUGGCAAAAAUGAAGAUUCUUGGGUUAUAGCCAACAUUCUGGCCACCGGUUACUACCGAGUUAAUUAUGACGAGAGAAACUGGAAACUACUUGGCCUGCAGCUAAAAACUGAUCACCAAGUUAUCCAUCCCAUUAACCGAGCCUAUCUCAUCGAUGAUUCAUUUGCUUUGGCUGCUGCCGAAAUUUUACCUUACACCACGGCUUUUAGCCUCAUUGAAUAUCUUCCUGAUGAAAAUCACCAUGUUCCUUGGUCUAGCGCGCUGAGGGCUUUAAAUUAUAUCGGUCGGAUGUUUUCUUACACGAAAGAUCAUGGAAGAUAUAAGGACUUUAUGCGCUCACUAGUGGUCCCGGUAUACACCCGCUUAGGAACCGAAUUUCGGUCGGACGACAGUCCGCUCACCAAACUGUUUCGCAUUUCUAUGAUUACGCAAGCUUGUAGUCAAGAAUUUAGGCCAUGCAUUAGAAAUGCUCAACUUCUUUUUGACGAGUGGAUGGAUAGCCCAGAUCCCAUACAUACCAACAAAAUUAUCCCUGACCUUCGCUCUUCCACCUACUGUACGGCCAUCAAGUACGGUGGCCAGCUGGAAUGGGACUUUGCUUGGGCAAUGAGUUUCAACAUGACCUCUGCCCAGGAUCGUGACGUGAUAUUGUCGGCGCUGGGUUGCAGUCGCGAUCCUUGGAUUCUUAUUCGUUAUUUGUCUUUUGUACUCGAUCCAAAAUCUGGAAUUCGUAAGCAAGACGGACGACGUGUGAUCAGCGCAGUGGCAAGUAAUCCUGGUGGACGAAGAAUUGCCUUCCAGUUUAUGUUAAAACAUUUCGAAGAAAUGUUCUCAUAUUUUGGGAAUCCAGUCCGUGUCCUCCAGAUGCUUAGUAGCACAACUAGUAGUCUUAACACACAGGAAGAGCUCGUCAAGAUACAAAAUUUGAUGGAGUCCAAUGCCAUGUUGCUCAAGAAGGCACAGACGUCUGCCAACAACAUCCAAUCCGUCGUAACCGCCAAUAUUAAGUGGAUGGAUGAUAACUUUGAAAGCUUGAAUCAAUGGUUUACAAGUAAAGGCUUCUGAUGAAAAAAAAUUUCCUUAACUAUGAUUUUUCAAAUUUUUGCAAAAUGUUUCAAACAAAUCUGUGCUGAUUCAGAGACCCUUAACUGCAUUUUAUUCAAUUGAAAAAAUAUUUUCUAAUUUUAUUUUUAAGAUAAGUUUAGGGAUAAAUUUAUCUUGCCAAGGAUUACGUAAAACGGUAUCUCUCUGUUCGAGAUUCCUUGACAACGACAAAGUGAAUAACCUGUUGAUGCAAACAUGUAACUUUAGGACCUUAUACGUAAGAUACCUGUUCGGGUCCAAAAGUUUUUAAAGUUCCCCUUUUUAGUUAUUUUUAAGACAAAGGCAACUUCAUGUGCAUGAACUUGAUAAAACUUCAUGUGAAUUCUUAACUUAAUAAAAUUGAAAUUGUUUCAGUUGAA